AAUAUGCCUUCCCCUUGAGCUGGCAGCUGAGAGAAAGAAAUAGAAACGCCACACAGCUGUCAACCGAGGAAAGGACAUCUACGGCCCGGCCUCACGGUGCACUCAUUCGGGGCCAGACUGCAGCUUUCUACCUCGACAUAUACACAGCCUUUCUUGCUCAUACUUCCACACUGCUCAAGGCGCAUGCUCCGACGUAGUUGCGGUGCCGUUGUUUGACAAGAUAUAGCAGUGACACUGAAAGACUAAAGAUGACUACUUCAUGGAGUGACAGACUGCAAAAUUAUGCUGACCUGCCUGCCAACAUGGACAGAAUAACAAUGAAAAAAUACAGACGAGAGCCCUACCAUAGAGUGUUUGUCAACAGAAGUCUGGCAAUGGAGAAGAUUAAGUGCUUUGGUUUUGAUAUGGAUUACACUUUGGCAGUGUAUAAAUCACCAGAGUAUGAGUCUCUUGGAUUUGAGCUAAUAGUGGAGCGGCUGGUUUCCAUCGGUUACCCUCAGGAGUUGUUCAGCUUUGUCUACGAUUCGUCCUUUCCUACCAGAGGCCUUGUAUUUGACACUAUGUACGGAAACCUGUUGAAGGUCGACGCCUACGGUAAUAUACUGAUCUGCGUCCAUGGAUUCAACUUUCUCAGAGGCCCUGAGAUCCGUGAGCGCUACCCAAACAAGUUCAUCCAAAGAGAUGAUACAGAGCGCUUUUAUAUUCUCAACACACUCUUUAACCUGCCAGAGACCUACCUCUUUGCAUGUCUAGUGGAUUUUUUCUCCAACUGUGAUAGAUACACAAGUUGUGAAAUGGGCUUUAAGGAUGGCGACCUCUUCAUGUCUUACAAGAGCAUGUUCCAGGAUGUUCGCGACGCUGUUGACUGGGUCCACUUCAAGGGCACAUUGAAGGAAAAAACUGUGGAGAACCUUGAGAAGUAUGUCGUGAAAGAUGGAAAGUUGCCUCUUCUCCUCAGCCGGAUGAAUGAAGUUGCCAAGGUUUUUUUGGCUACCAACAGCGACUAUAAAUACACUGACAAAAUCAUGACUUACCUGUUUGACAUCUCCCAUGGUCCAAAGCCUGGUACUUCACACCAACCAUGGAAGUCUUAUUUUGACCUCAUCCUUGUAGAUGCCAGAAAGCCACUCUUCUUUGGUGAAGGGACAGUGCUCCGACAAGUGGACACGACCACAGGACGACUAAAGAUUGGCACCUACACAGGACCGCUGCAGCAUGGCAUUGUUUAUUCUGGAGGUUCCUCAGACAUCGUUUGUGACCUGCUUGGGGCCAAAGGGAAGGACAUCGUGUACAUCGGGGACCAUAUCUUUGGAGACAUACUCAAGUCCAAGAAACGCCAAGGCUGGAGGACUUUCCUGGUCAUACCUGAGCUUUCCCAGGAGCUGCACGUGUGGACCGACAAGAGUUCUUUGUUUGAGGAACUACAAGGUCUGGACAUUUUCUUGGCAGAACUCUACAAACAUUUGGACAGCAGCAGCAACGAGAGGCCCGAUAUCAGCACUAUCCAGAGAAGAGUCAAGAAAGUCACACAUGACAUGGACAUGUGCUACGGCAUGAUGGGCAGCCUUUUCCGCAGCGGCUCCAGGCAGACUCUGUUUGCCUCCCAAGUGAUGCGCUAUGCAGAUCUCUACGCAGCCUCCUACAUCAACCUGCUCUACUAUCCAUUCAGCUACCUCUUCAGAGCCGCACAUGUGCUUAUGCCCCACGAGUCGACGGUGGAGCACAUGCACGUGGACAUUGGCGCCGAGGCGCCGAUGGCCACGCGCAACCGCAAGGAAUUGGAGUGCAAGAGAAACCAGCUGACCCGCUCCUUCAGUGAGAUCAAGCCUCCCAACCUGUUUCCUCAAACCCCGCAGGAGAUCACCCACUGCCACGAUGAAGACGAUGAUGAGGAGGAAGAGGAAGAAGAGGAAGAGGAAGAAGAAGAGGAAGAAGAGGAAGAAUGAAGUACUUUUGGUACGUCUUUGGGUUUUUGAAAAGCGUUAUACAAAUUUAAUGAAUUAUUAUUAUUAUUACGUUCAGUAAUUAAUAGGUUUGCUAGUUUGGCAAAAGUGGAAAAUCCUCCACUGUGCGUUUGUUUCUGUGUGCCUGUGUGCGCACGCGUGCGUGCAUGCGUCAGUACUUGACAUUUUAGAGUAAAGUGUGACAGACCAGCACACAAAACGGAAUCACCCGACCGUCACAAAACUGCACGCAUGACUGCUCCAUAAAAAAGAGCCUUUUGUAAUUGUUAUUUUCUUAAUCGAUUGGAUUCAAAUUGUCAAUUUUUGUCAGUCGUCGAGACACUCCUCCACUGAAGUUUAACGUGACCUUUUCAGGCCUUAGUGUAGGAUAAGCCGGCUUGAAGCAUGACAUACUCGUGUGUGUCAGCACGCUUUGUGAAGAAGUUCAUCGAUUGGAUGCAUCACAAUUGAUUUUUUUUUAUGCAAAUGGGAACAACGUGCUUUUCGUUUGGUUGAUUUUCUCGACAUUUUACAUGUAUUGGUUUUGCCAAAAGGCAUUGUGCUUGAUACUAAUGUGAAGAUUUGCAAAAUUGAGAGAUGACGUUGCAGUGUUCAGGUGGCCGUCGACCUGUUUUCUCGUUGCCGAGCAACAUCCUGUACACCAUGCUGAUAAUUGCUAUAACAACAGUGAAGUCAUGCUUCUGUAAAUAGCUGAAAGGUGUAAACAGCUGAAGAAGAUAAGAGGAGUAUUUUUAUAGAAACCUGAAAUGUGAGUGUUACAUUUGCAUUUAUUUUUUGGACAGCUCGGGGCAGUUUAUUAUCACUCACUCAACAUGCAGCCUCCGUAUGCAAAAGAUGCAUCCUGGAAUUUUUAAACCUGUUUGUGCUUAUGCAGAGCCAAAAAAGUUAAACUGAAGUUUUUUGAAAAGAAACUUUUGAAACAGGUUUUCUUUUUUCUCUGCUUGAUUUGCAGCUUUUAUUUUUAAUUUCAUUUUUUUUUUGGAUGUAGUCACGCAAACGUACAGAUAUGACGCAACCUUUAACAACUUGAGGACAGAUCACAUCAGUAUCUUUUUCUUCUUUAUUUUAUUUAUUAUUUUAUACAUAAGGAAGAUUUUCAUUUUCAGGCUUAACUGUGUCUUGAAACUUAAAUGAAAGUCAUUUGCUACAGGAGCAAUUGCGAUCUUUUCGUUUUGUAACUUUCAAAUAUGCACGUUUUUUACAGUGUAUCUUGACUGUAAGCAUUUUAGAAAUUUAUUCACUGCGGUUUACAUAGCAAACAUUUAACCCAACCUGUAACUUAUGAAUAACACAUUCAAAGCUGUAUCUAAAUGUUAACUGCCAUCAACAACUUCUUUUGAGGUCAGGUUAUUUUUAUUUUUAUAAGCUAGUGUUUCGAGAACUAUAAAUGGAAUAUCGUGAUUCCCCCCAUUGUUUCUUAAUUUUUUAUAUCACACCAUGCAAGUGUUGAGCCUAUCGACAAUUAACUAACAAGUCAAUGCUUGAAAUGAGAUUUUAUUUGUUCUCUCAUUUUCUAAACAACGGUUAUCUUUGAUUUUUAUGCAUAUCCUUUUAUGUUCUCAUGCUCCCAUUUGUACACUGAAGGAAAUAACCUACAAAUGUAAAAUAAAGAUAGUUUUUCAGA